AAAAUGGCGGGAAAAUGGAAGAACGCGAUUGGGGAUUUUGGUUGGGAGUAGUAAUAUAGGGUUUCAUCAAGAACAAAAUUAAUUAAUCCGAUUCUACAGCCACGAGGAGAAGUGUCUGCGAAUUCGCAAUGCCGACGUACAAUAUUAGGGGUAUCAAUGUGGAUUUUCCUUACGAGGCGUAUGAAUGCCAGCUUGUUUACAUGGAAAAAGUCAUCGAAUCUCUUCAAAGCAAAAGUAAUGCUCUAUUAGAGAGUCCAACUGGAACAGGAAAGACAUUAUGCCUUCUAUGCGCCACAUUAGCUUGGAGGAGAAGUUUUGGCGAGUUUUCUAGAGGCCGGAACGAUAAAAGUAGCAUCAGAGGAAGUCAGUCUGUAGAUGAAGAUCUACCGCAAUCCCAAUCUUCUCAGUUUCCCACAAUAAUUUACACAUCACGCACCCACAGCCAGAUUAAGCAAGUGGUUAAAGAGUUGAAGAGGUCCAACUACAGGCCCAAAAUGGUGGUGUUAGGAUCUCGAGAGCAAUUGUGUAUUCACGACCAAGUAAGUCUACUUCGUGGAAAGGCGCAAACAAAUGCUUGCCAUGCCCUAUGCAAAAAGCGCACAAAACGAUUUUGUGCUAAUUUUUCGCGUGUUGCAGAAUUUGUCAAGAAGAAUCCUGGUAUUGGAGAUGAUCCUAUUGAUAUUGAGGACUUGGUCAAUAUUGGAAAAAGCUCGGGAUCGUGCCCUUAUUACCUAUCACGGGAGCUUCAUAAGGAUGUUGACAUCUUAUUCGCACCUUACAACUAUCUUAUUGAUCGUGGGAAUCGAAAAUCUCUAAAGAUUGACUGGAAUAAGUGCAUCCUUAUUUUUGAUGAAGCUCACAACUUAGAAAGCUUAUGUGCUGAAGCUGCCUCUUUUGACCUGCCUUCAGGUCUUUUGACAGCUUGCAUAUCAGAGGCUAAAAACUGCAUUGAUCUUUCGGUUACUAGGAGGGACACUUCUAAUGAUAAAUCUUGUAGUCCAGAUGAUUUUGCUAUUCUUAGAGCACUUCUUUUGAAGCUUGAGAAGAGAAUUGCCGAGGUGCCAAUUGCAUCCAAGGAAUUAGGUUUUACAAAGGACGGGCCUUACAUUUAUGAGCUGCUGUCUGAGCUAAAUAUCACCCAGCAAACUGCCAACAUGCUCAUGGGUAUUAUUGAGAAAGCAUGUGAACUUCUUGAAGAAGAUGGAAAUGUCACUGGAAGUGGAGGAUCACAUAAAAUGAAUGGUACAGUUUGCAGGCUUGAAAGCAUAGGUGAUAUCUUUGGACUGAUUUUUAAGAAUAAUUGUACUGCUCAUGCCCAAUAUUAUCGUCUUCACGUCCAGGAAGUCGAAGCUAGUUCUAAUGAUUCCCUUAGAGGGAAAACUUCUAGGACUCUGAGCUGGUGGUGCUUCAAUCCUGGAAUUGCCAUGGAAGAAUUCUCCAGGCUUGGUGUUAGAUCUAUAAUUUUGACAUCUGGUACAUUAUCACCAAUGGAUUCAUUUGCAGAAGAAUUGAAGUUAGAAUUCCCUAUCCGUUUGGAGAAUCCUCAUGUAAUAUCAGGAAAUCAAAUAUGGGCUGGGGUUGCACCGGUUGGGCCAUCUGGUUAUUCAUUCAAUUCUUCAUAUCGCAAUCGUGGUUCAAUAGAGUACAAAUCGGAGUUGGGCAAUGCUAUUGUCAACUUUGCUCGAAUUGUACCAGAUGGACUGCUUGUAUUUUUCCCAUCUUACUACCUUUUGGAGCAAUGCAUCAGCUGCUGGAAGGAUCAACAAAAUUUAUCAAAUCCAACAACAAUUUGGGAAAGGAUCUGCAAGCAUAAAUUACCUGUUGUGGAACCUAGGCAAUCGUCACUUUUUCCUUUAGCGAUUGAAGAUUAUAUGACAAAGGUAAAGGGAACCAACUCUGGCGCAGUUUUUUUUGCCGUGUGCCGUGGCAAGGUGAGUGAAGGACUAGAUUUUGCUGACCAUGCUGGCAGAGCUGUGGUCAUCACUGGGUUGCCAUUUGCCACCGUGACUGAUCCUAAGAUUCGCCUGAAACGUGAAUACUUGGAUCAUCAGACACAUUCUCGGAAGUCCAUAAACAAGGGUCUCACAGGUGAAGAGUGGUAUUCUCAGCAAACAUUACGGGCUAUAAAUCAGGCCAUUGGCCGAGUUAUUCGUCAUCGGCAUGAUUAUGGAGCAAUUAUCUUAUGCGACGAGAGGUUUGCGCAUUCUAAUCGCCAGUCUCAGAUAUCUUCAUGGAUACGACCCCAUCUCAAAUGUUACUCCAAAUUUGGCGAUGUAGUAUAUACAUUAAAUCGAUUUUAUCGAGAUGUUCAAACAUAUCGUCUUCCAAAGCUUGAAUAUGCACAAAAUGAAGAUCGAGAACGUGCUGGAGUUUCACAGAGCAGCUUCCAGCCUUUGGAUAAGAUUCGCCUGGAAAAGCUCCAGUACGACAACCAGAAGACAACAUUCAAUCCAACUAGCUCCUUGGACUCAGUAUUCACUGCUGAACAAGUCAAAAGAGGCAGUAUUUCUAGCCACACGAGAGAAAUACUUCCUGCGAAUCGCUCUUCUCUAACAUCAGACAAGCUACUUCAAGGUUUGAAGAUGAAGUGUUCAAGAGAUCUUACACACACUGAGAAAGAGUCUUCGAUCAUUGAUGGGAGAAGCAUGCAGGAUUAUGAUGAAAAAGCUGUUGACCUGGUUGCACCUAUUUUACUGAAAAAACAAAAGUUGCUCAUAACCGGGCCUAAUCAGUUAAAACAUGAAGAAAAGUCUAACCAUUUCAGCAAUUUGGUGAAGAAAGAACACUUGCAGUUUCCAGAAAACGUCUGUGACCUCAAUCCUCGAGAAAAAGAAGUAUUGAUUGAUGAACAUCUAAGAGAAAGAAGAACCAUUGAGCCCGACAUCACGAAACAUAAGGAUGUUGUGUCUGAGACUGUAUCUAAAAAUAGCACUGAGACCAAGGGAUCAGCUUUUCUCAUCCAGGUUCGAGAAAAGCUUACUGAGUCGGAAUAUAAAGAAUUCGUAGGCUUAAUGAAAGCGUUGAAGUCUAAAGCAAUGAAAAUUGGGCAUGUUCUGCAGUCAAUUGCUAGAUUGUUUUCUCUUCCCGACAGGCUCUUUCUUCUCCAUGGUUUCAAGGAGUACGUUCCUGCAAAAUAUCACUCUCUAUAUGAGCAUUACAUUUCCACUACAUGCGACGCAGCUGGUGUUUAAACUUACCUCCUUCCUGCUGAAUGGAUUAUGCUACUUCACAUUGAAUUUACGCAUAUAGUCUUACAUUA